AUGACAUCAUUACAUCGUUCAGCCUUGCGUGAUAUUACCAACACAUCAUCAUCACUUAAUGCUAGUACACUAGGUUCUAACAAUAACAGUGGAUUAAAAUCCAUACUAAUCUCCAACAAUAAGAAUGGUCCAAGAGAUUCCAUAAAAUCAACAACAUCAAAUACAUCAUCCAUUCUAUCUACUAGUAUGAUCAUAGGUGGUGGUGAUAGACUUAAUUCUUCUACAAUAACCUCCUCUGCUGCUGCUUCUAAUCAACAACAAUCAUUUAAUUUUAAUCACAUGAUUAAUGCACUAGUUGAAUUCUUCUCUAAUGAAAAUCUAGGUAUUGAUAUUAGUAUGAAAACAUUCCGUGAAGGUGAUUCAUCCAAGUUGAGAUUCUACUUGAAUCAUUUAUUUAAACAAAUUGAUAUGAAUUUAUGUGUUACCUUUCCAACUCAUAGUGAAAUGAAGAAGGCUAAUCAACAAUCUAAUUCUUCUAAUAACAAUUCUAAUUCUUCUAAUAAUAAUAAUACAACUAUUAAUAGACAUUCAAUGGUAUCAGGUUUAAAUGAAGAAUUAGUGAUGGAACUUGUAGAGUUUUUUAAAAUUCCAGUUUCACUUAAUAAGAGACAUUUUAGUAUAACACCACAAUCUAAUAGAAAUUGGCAAAAAAUGAUACAACAGGUACAAAUACAAUAA